UCGUACACGGACGACACGGCCAUGAGCAGGUCGGUGGUGCAGUCCCUGCUAGCCAAGCGAGAGUUUGAUGAAGUUGAUAUGGCCAAGAGGUUUGCUGAGGAGUACAAGAAGGAGCCCAACAGGGGCUAUGGGAUGGCCGUUGUCAACGUCUUCAAGAAGCUCCUGAGCCCCAAGUGCAACGAUGUGUUUGAACCCGCGAGAGCCCAGUUUAACGGGAAAGGCUCCUACGGCAAUGGCGGUGCCAUGAGGGUGGCGGGCGUCUCCCUGGCAUAUCCUGAUGUCCAGGAUGUGAAGAAGUUUGCGAAGCUGAGUGCUGAGCUCACCCACGCCAACUCCCUGGGCUACAAUGGGGCCAUCCUGCAGGCCCUGGCCGUGCACCUCGCCCUGCAGGGAGGGCUCAGCAAGGAGACCUUCCUCGAGCAGCUCAUUAGCCACAUGGAAGACGUAGAGGCAGAUGAUAAGUCUCUCACUGACGCCCGAGCGUAAGAUUUACCAUUUUCAAGACGUCUAAAGAAAAUAAAGGAAUUUUUGGAGCUCAGCAGUGUUCCCAAAGCAGAUGUAUUGUUUGAAUUAGGCAACGGCAUUGCCGCUUUGCGGUCUGUCCCCACUGCAAUUUACUCCUUCUUGCACUGUAUGGAAGCUGACCCAGAUAUUCCUGAUCACUACAACAGCCUGCAGAGGACCAUCAUCUACUGUAUCUCCCUGGGGGGAGACACAGACACCAUUGCGACCAUGGCAGGAGCCAUUGCAGGGGCGUAUUAUGGGGAGGAACAGAUACCCCCAAGCUGGGAGCAGAGCUGUGAAGCUUUUCAAGAGACACAGAAGCUGGCAAAUAGCUUGUACGAACUCUACUGCCAGCAGCUCUGA